AUGAAAAAUUUGAUUUAUGUCAUUGUUGAUAAUAGUACAAAAGAGUGUAUUGUCAUUGACGCUUGUUGGGACGUUGAUGGUAUCGUAAAAUUUAUCAAAAAUAAACGUUUGAAACUUGUUGGCGCCAUUGUAACCCACCACCACUUUGAUCACGUUGGAGGAAAACCACCCCCACCAUUUAACCAACUCCCAAUAAAAGUAUCAGGCUUAUGCGACUUAUUAAAACGUUUUCCAAAAAUAAAUGCUUACAUACAUCCAUCAGACAUUCCACAUGUGCUUAAAACAAAUCCUGAAUUAUCGGACCUAUUCACUUCAAUCCCUCUUUCAAAUUUACCAAUUAGAAAUCGUCAAUCGCAUUUAUGUAGUCAAUCCAUAUUGGUUAAUGAAACAAGGUUAUUUACCGGCGACACUUUGAUGUGUGGAUGUACCGGAAGGUUGGAUCUACCUGGUGGUAAUUUAAAACAAAUGAAAAAAACUUUGAAAAAAAGGUUGGGUGAUUUGGAUGACAAGAUCGUAGUGUUUCCCGGUCAUGAUUACGGUGGUGAUUGGACUACUAUUGGGAUUGAGAAAAGAAAAGGUGUUAUUGGGAAGGCUAAAAGAAAAUAA